UGGCGAAUGGUUCGCGGCACAGGUUAAUUCUCUCUCUCUCUCUGCCUUUCUCAACGAAUCUCCUGAGAGAAAAAAUCGAGAAGAGCCAGUCUCCAAAUUUCUGGGGAAAGCUUUUCGACGCCUGAGAUUCUCCGCUCCGUCGUCGUUUCUUCCUCUUUAAAGUUGAAGAGACGUGAGAUUUUUGAAAAGUGUUUCACUUUCUUAAUAUCGAUUUGGAGUGUAAAUCUUAGCUAUUACUGGAAUACAUUGUGGGCUUAUGCUAAUAGUGACACCCUGUAAAGGGCGGUCUCACUCCUACAAUGUCUCUUGCUGGUUCUUUGCAAUUGUCCCAUGAUUUGGGACUUUGCAGGAACCAGGGAUACAAUAAAAAGUUUAAGAGUGUAUUGGGAAGGAGCAAAUUGCAUUUAUUGAGUGCUACCCUCUCUUCUCAUUCUUUGGUUCUGCAACAAGAUUCUUGGAGAAUUCACCUCUCUGACAGUUUGUACAGGCCAAUACAUUCUGUUCCAUACAGAAACAAUGCUUUUAGGUGUCAUGCUUUUCAAGUACCAGGCCAGAUAUUUGAACUUCCUGGUGUAAAAGCUGUAUCUGUUGCAGUAACAAGGUCAUAUAAUAUCUUACAAGGUAGUCCUCUUGUAUUUAAGUUGGUUCCAGCAUUCGGUAUUAUAAUUUUUGCCCUAUGGGGUGUUGCACCACUUAUUCGACAGAGUAGAAGCCUCCUUUUUCAUAAGAGUGAUAAUAGCUGGAAGAAGAGUAGAACACAUUAUAUUACAACUUCUUAUAUUCAACCUUUGCUGCUGUGGACUGGAGCAAUACUCAUAUGCAGAACACUGGAUCCAUUGGUACUUCCUUCAGAAGCUAGCCAAGUUGUUAAGCAACGGCUUUUAAAUUUUGUAAGAUCAUUGUCAACUGUGCUGGCCUUCGCAUAUUGCUUAUCUAGCAUGAUUCAGCAACUGCAGAAAUUCUUCAUGGAAACAAGCAAGACCACUGAUGAUACGAGAAAUAUGGGUUUCCAGUUUGCAGGGAAAGCUAUAUACUCUGCAGUUUGGAUUGCUGCUGUGUCAUUGUUCAUGGAGUUGCUUGGUUUCUCUACUCAGAAAUGGCUAACUGCUGGAGGUCUUGGGACAGUUUUGCUGACUCUUGCUGGUCGUGAGAUAUUCACAAAUUUUCUCUCAAGUGCAAUGAUUCAUGCAACUCGACCUUUUGUUGUGAAUGAAUGGAUUCAAACAAAGAUUGAGGGAUAUGAAGUUUCUGGAACCGUUGAGCAUGUCGGUUGGUGGUCACCAACAAUAGUAAGAGGGGAAGAUCGUGAAGCCGUUCAUAUUCCAAACCAUAAAUUUACAGUAAAUGUUGUGAGAAAUCUCAGUCAGAAAACUCAUUGGCGCAUUAAAACUCACCUGGCCAUCAGUCACUUGGAUGUCAAUAAGAUUAAUAAUAUAGUUGCCGACAUGCGCAAGGUCUUGGCCAAGAAUCCUCAGGUUGAGCAGCAGAGAUUGCACAGAAGAGUAUUUCUAGAAAAUGUCAAUCCUGAAAAUCAGUCUCUUUUGAUACUGGUGUCCUGUUUUGUAAAGACUUCCCAUCUUGAAGAGUAUCUAUGUGUCAAGGAAGCUAUACUUUUGGAUCUCCUUAGAGUCAUCAGCCAUCACCGUGCCCGGCUUGCCACACCAAUUCGCACUGUGCAGAAAAUAUAUAGUGAUGCUGACUGGGAAAAUAUACCAUUUGCAGACUCAGUCUAUAGCCAUGGUGGAGUGCCAUCUAACAGGCCCCUGUUACUUAUUGAACCGUCUUACAAGAUCAAUGGCGAAGAUAGAACAAAAGGCCGUUCCUCACGUCCAGCUGGAGAACAAGACAGUAAAACCACAGCUCGGCCUAGUGCUGACACUAAAGCAGACAAGGCAGGAGCAACACCAAAGCCUGACUCCAAGGCUAAAGGAGCACCAUCAAUUGAACCCAAAGCAGAUGCCAAGAUUGGAGAAACUCCAAAUUCUGACACCAAGGAGGACCUUAAGGCUGCAUUUGCAUCAACAUCUGAUCUCAAGACAGAUGAUAAAGUGGCUAUGAAAUCACCAUCAAAAUCUGUCCCGAAAACAAGUUCCAAUGCCACGGAAACAUAUAGUCCUGACCAAAAAGUUCUCGAUUCAAUCUCUGAUAAUUCUCCCCAAAACAAAAAGGUCACUGACAAGCAACAGAAAAAUGCAAGGCAGAGUAGCAAGUUAGAUAAUCCUUCAGUAUCGUCACCAGAUACCGGUAUUGACAAAGCAGGUGGGUUACGAGAACCUCUCCAAUCAAAACAGGAUGGUGAGAGGCUGCCAGUCUCUCAGCCACCAAUAGCAAGACCUGUCUUGGAGGAAAAUAUUGUCCUUGGUGUUGCAUUAGGGGGCUCAAAGAGAACACUACCCAUUGAAGAAGGGAUGACUCCAUCCCCAGCAGAUGCAAAAGAAAUGGCUUCUGCGAGCCGGAAUGGAACUGGAUCCACUGCUGAGGAUAAGAAAGAUGGUCAGGUUCGGUCCUCCCCUAGUACCCCUGACGAACAGUGAUGUAUGUGAAAGCUAACUACUGAUCCCCUGAGCCAUAUACUUGAAUUAUCUAACACUUCUCCUGACACCUACAUUGUGGAGCUGUAUUUUUAUCAAAUUGUCCCAUACGUGUAUAUUUUCUUCUGAUCACUCUUUCAUUAUUAAUUUUCAAAAUCUGUUUAUCUUGAAA